AUGGAGAACCGCUUCAAAGUUCGAAUAUCCAGAAUGUUUCAAUCCUCCUUCAACUCUUGCCGGACUAAAAACAUCUCCGACGUCGCCGAUCAGCCUUUUUUCUUCCCGGAAAACCGCCAUCACCGCCAACUCAUCGACCUUUUCUCUCCUAAACCUCAACCUUGUAAACCCAAACACCAACUCGAAAACAACCCAAAACCCCACACUUCCCGGCCAAAAAUCUCCGACAAAUACACCCUUUUUCCGGCACCUACAGACACCGGAAAACCACACUCUACUUCCCUUCCUCCGCCACUGUUCUACGAAAAAACAUCAAAAAACGCCAAGAAAAAGAAAGCCCAUCACCGGAAAAGUACCAAAAGCCAAGAUUUUUCAUCAGUUACAGAUAAUUACUACUACGAUUGUUGCAGCAGUGAUGAAGAAGACGAAAGUGACGACGAAACCACUCUUUUCUCAUCACGAUCACUCUCCUCCGAUUCAUCCGUAUCAUUUCGCAAAAACAAAGCUCGCCGAUUACCUCAGAAGAAAACCAGGAAACCGGCCGGCGGCGGUGGCGGUGGCGGCGGCGGUGGCGGUGGCCGUGGUUGCAAGAAUCGAAAAGCCACAGAUGUAAUCCCAUUAAAGGGUAAAGGGAAAUUCGUGAAGGAUAGUGUUGCAGUGGUGAAGAAAUCGAACGACCCACAUGAAGAUUUUAGGGUUUCGAUGUUGGAGAUGAUCGUUGAACGACAAAUCUUUGGAUCACAAGAUCUUGAGAAUCUUUUGCAGUGUUUUCUUUCAUUGAAUUGUGAAGAACAUCAUGGGGUUAUCUUUGAGGUGUUCACUGAGAUUUGGGACACUCUUUUCUCUGAAUGGCUUUAAAUCAGCUGUUUUUAAGCUUAAU